AUGCCCGACAUUGAUAGAGUGCUUGCUGAAAUGAAGGGCGAAGCGGGGGAAAACUAUUCGGGUUCUAUGCGACAGUUUCGGAGUCUAGUAAACUCGGCUCCGGAGUCGCUAUUCAAUGACUCCUCUUCUACGAGCAGCGUAGCAAACGCUAUGCCUAGCUCUCUGCCGGCUCGAAGAAGCCAUGGCCUAGUCAGGACGAGGUCAGACCCGUUUAAGCCGAAUACUACGACAACUCUCUUACCUCAGUCUGAGAGUGACUAUACUCAGCGUAUGGGAAUUCGAUGGGCUCCGUUAAAUAUCAGCCUUAAACGCCGGCUUCAGACCCUCGUCGUCCUCCUUCAUACCAUUUCGAUCGCAUUUUGCUUGAUGUCUUUCUUUUUCUGCUGCGCCAUCCCCUUAUUCUGGCCCAUCCUAUUCCCAUACGUGGUUUAUAUAUCACUGUUCUCCAAGGCUGCAACAGAUGGUAGGCUUUCAAGGAGAAGUAACUUCAUUCGGUCCCUGCCCAUUUGGAAGCUUUUUGGCUCGUACUUCCCGGCUCGCCUUCACCGAACAGUCCCUCUCCCGCCAACUAGGAAGUAUAUUUUUGGCUACCACCCACAUGGAAUUAUUUCUCAUGGAGCAUUCGUGGCCUUCGCUACUGAAGGACUGGGCUUUUCAAAGCUCUUCCCGGGAAUCACAAAUACCCUGCUUACCCUGGACUCCAAUUUCCGACUUCCUUUCUACCGAGACUGGGCAUUAGCAAUGGGAUUAGGUAGCGUAUCCCGUGAAUCCUGCGAAAAUAUCCUUUCAAAGGGUGGAAUGAAUAAAGAAGGCAUGGGCCGUGCAAUUACCAUUGUGAUAGGUGGUGCGCGAGAAUCUCUUGAUGCCCAGCCACAUACCCUCCGACUGAUCCUGCGCCGACGAAAGGGGUUUGUCAAGCUUGCAAUCCGCACUGGCGCAGAUCUUGUUCCUGUCCUCGCAUUUGGUGAAAACGAGCUGUAUGAGCAGGUGAAGUCAGACCAGCAUCCGCUCAUCCACAGGUUCCAGAUGCUGCUUAAAAGCUCAAUGGGUUUCACUAUCCCACUUUUCCAUGCUCGAGGUGUCUUCAAUUAUGAUGUUGGCUUGAUGCCGUAUCGCAGACCAUUGAACAUCGUUGUUGGUAGGCCAAUUCCAGUCAUCCAGCAGACUGAUAGGAGCAAGGUCGAAGACUCGUAUAUCGAUGAAUUGCAUGAAAAGUACAUUCAAGAAUUGGAAAAGAUGUGGGAUGAAUGGAAGGAUACUUUUGCUCCUGGCCGUAUCUCCGAACUCGAGAUCGCUUCUUGA